CCCCCCAUGCCUGGAGCACUGGGUGGAAGCGGCAGUGGAGGCCAUGAGCUUUCAGCCCUCGGAGAAGGAGGCCUGCAAAGCCUGCUGGGAAAUAUGAGCCAUAACCAACUGAUGCAGCUUAUUGGGCCCACUGGUCUGGGGGGGCUUGGUGGUUUAGGAGCUCUGACAGGUCCAGGAUUGGCCAGUCUAUUGGGCAGUGGAGGUCCUACAACAAGCAGCUCUUCUUCCAGUUCUCGCAGCCAGUCGGCAGCAGUGACUCCGUCAUCCACUACGUCUUCCACAAGAACCACCACUACACCGGCUGCUCCAGCUUCAGCGCCUGCGGCAACGCCCAGCCCUGCGGUGAGCUCCAGCAAUGGUGCCAGCGCUGCUACAAGCCCUACACAGCCCAUCCAGCUAAGUGACCUGCAGAACAUCCUAGCGACCAUGAAUGUGCCUGCCACAGCGGAAGGCGGCCCGCAAGUGGACCUGGCCAGUGUUCUCACUCCAGAAAUAAUGGCGCCCAUCCUGGCUAACCCCGAAGUUCAGGAGAGAUUAAUGCCUUACCUCCCGUCUGGAGAGUCCUUGCCGCAAACAGCAGAGGAGAUCCAGAACACACUUACCUCUCCUCAGUUUCAGCAGGCCCUGAGCAUGUUCAGUGCAGCUCUUGCUUCCUGCCAGUUGGGACCGUUGAUGAGCCAGUUUGGGCUGCCAGCAGAGGCCGUGGAUGCAGCC